AUGGUUCCAGGAACAGUCUGUAGCUUUUAUGGACUGACUCCGACUCUGGCCCCGGGCAACGUGAUUCCUACAUUUUACGUCGAGCCUACCAAUGCUGCAUCUUUCUCGGCCACUGGUGCCUUCAAGUCCGGAAUCAGCACCUGUAGUUUUUACGAAGGCUCGACUACUGUUCAGGGACUAUGGCCAUGGGUUGUAACCUCGACGAGCACAGCUACCGUCACACCAUACAUUACGUGGACGGGUGCGAACAACAAGGGCUCCAGCGCGACCUGUUCGCCUUUGACACCCGCUCCAUUCUCGGCAAACAAGUAUACAACCUACGAUGAGAUCGAGUGCGCGUUGGCAUGGAGCAAGAUGUCCGGAACGUAUACUCUUGCCUUCAGCGUCGAUGCGAAAACAGGUCCAACGUCUGUCACAAGUGACAAGUUUGUUGUCUGGCCUGCAAGUCCAACACAGACGAUCACGUCGAAAGACGUUUUGACAACAACACUGGGCGACUACAACGGUUACAACCACGAAGUCGGUUUCUCCUACACCGUCGAGCACUACGACACUUACUCCAUUCAAGACUACGGAAACUUGGACCAUCACUGA